AUGUAUUUCGAUCCCGCGCACCAGGAGAAGGACCUCCGGGUCCUUCGCAAACUCGUUCGCGACUAUCCUCUCGGCGCGCUCAUCACCGGGAUACCCUCGGCGAACCACCCUCACUUGCAGAUGAGCCACAUCCCCUUUGUGCUCGACGUCGAUGACGAGUCCAGCCAGACCGAGCUGGGCCGUCUGAGAGGCCACCUCGCCAAGCAGAACCCGCAGAGCAAAGCGAUGAUCGAGUCCGUCCAGGAGAGCCCAGACAACGUGCUGGAGCAGGACGUCCUCGUGGUCUUUACGUCGGCAGACCACUACGUCACGCCCAAGUUCUACGCCGAGACCAAGCCAUCGACCGGCAAGGUAGUGCCGACCUGGGACUAUGCCGCCGUGCAGGUCUACGGGCGGGCCAAGAUCUUCCACGACUCCAAGUCGGAAGAGAAGUCAGACUUCCUCCAAGAGCAGACCUCCGCUCUCAGUUACCAGAGCGAGACGAAGAUCAUGGGCUACACCGGCGUCGGCGGUGCGCAGGCGGACUGGAAGCUUUCGGACGCGCCCGACAAGUACCUCGAAUUCAUGAAGAAGAACAUCAUCGGGAUCGAGAUCACCAUCGACAGGAUGGAAGGCAAGUUCAAGAUGAGCCAGGAGAAGAGGGGCGGUGACAGGCAGGGCGUGAUCCAGGGCUUUGCCUCACUCGAGACUCGGGGUGCUCCAGAGGUGUACCAGAUGCUCAAGGAAAGGAAUGCCCUGAAGGACCAGUCAGUCGCUUCUUCUCCAGCCUGUUUGCCUCCGACAACUCUCUUCCCGCCCCCCUCUUGUCGUUUUCUCGGAUAUUUCCCCAAGAUCCCAUUCCCUCACCUCAUCACCACCUCGAUCAGAAUCAAGAUCACAAACUUCAAGAUGCCCGAACUCGUCAUCCCAGGAAUGGGCCAUCCUUCCCACGACCGCCAUCGCUGGCAGAAUGUUUUCCGCGAGGUUGGCGGCAAGCUAUACUGCAUUCCCCCCAAAUUCGCGGACCUCACUGACGCCGACCGCCGGCUUCUGACUGGCGACGAGAUCGCCGAGAUGAGGGCUCUGGCCCGCGAAUUCGUCCCUCGAGACCUCCCGGCUCAGGACAGGGACUUGAUCACGAAAUGGAUCGAGGAGCACACCUUUAAGCCCGAGGGGGGCAAGACUUGGUGGGCCUACGACAAUGCUCUCCAGGCCAUCACAGCGGACCGCGACCUUGAGGAACUGGAAGCACUUCUCCUGCAGUGCUGUCUCUUUGGCAGGAUCCCGAACAACGUUCUCGCGCACGCUCUGAAGAGAGAUCAGCUCUUCUUGUUCGAGCGCAACUACACGGUCACCAACAGGUUGGUCAACGCUCGACGCCCUUCGAGGAUCCGCAAGAUCCUGGCGCCGGCUCGCGCUGUUAUCCGCCGCCAUGGGAGCUAG